GUUUAUCACAAGUCAUUGAUCGAUUCGAGUAUCACUUUAUUAUUGACAUGCACUAGUAAUAUUUUAGACAUUUCCAAAAACAGUCAUGGAUACAAAAAGCCGUGAACAAAAAGUAUAUCUAUACAGAACUCUGCAGAAACAACCACGAGGACAAAUUAUCGUCUUUAGUGAGACAAAACUCAACUGGUCAAGGUGUUCCACUUUGACGUGCAUCUUUAUAGUUCUGUUGUUGAAGCCUUUGUCUCACGUCAACUCUAUGCUUCUCAUCCAAUCUCCCAAUUACUCAACAGACGUUUGUGUUUUCUCCUAGGAACUUGAAUACCUCUCUUACUUUGUGGGUUUGUUCCACAAACUUGACGAAAUGAGUGGAUUCUUGUAUUCUUUGAAGGAAUCAACACGAUGGCUAGCAGCAAAGAAUUGUAUGAAGAACAUAGUAUAGGCACUUGGAAAAUCAAAACUUGAAAAACUGCACUAGUGCUCGUAUAUAAUAUUGCUAGUUACUGCUUUGUGAAAGAAUGAAAACAAAGAGAGCAUACUUUGUUGCAUAGUUGACUGCAAAUACUUCAAUUGUAUUUUCAAGUAUAAAAGGGGUUGACAAUUUUAUCGUGUCUGAAGUUGCCAUGUACACGAAACUUUUCGUCUCCUUUUGAUUUAUCCUACAUUUCACUAGAAAAGAAGCAUCUUUACAGCAAAAACUCUCAUUCAUUUUAUGAUUGUUGUGGGAAAUCUACUAUUUUUGUUGUCAAGAAGAUGUUGUUCAAAUUAACUGGCAGCUUAACUUUUGCAACCAUUGAAUAUUGAGACAGCAUGUGAUCUAUUCUAAUGAUUGGUUUUCAGGAGACAUAAGAUUUGAAGAAAAUCGUUAUUCUCUAUAUAAUCUUGCAAUAGAAUCGUCAACAGACAUUAGAUUAUUUCCCCAUAUAGAGCCUUGAGAUUGAUCCCUUGAAAAUAGAAUUGACGAUUUGACAGAGGUUGAAAACUUUUAAAGUGAUUAGGUCGGU